AUGAAGUUCGGCAAGCAUCUCCAGGAGGAGAUGGCCCCAGACUGGAGGUUCAACUUUAUCGAUUACACUGGGCUAAAGAAGUUCCUAAAAAUGAACGUUGCAAAUACUAGCUGGGAUGAGAGUUUGGAAACUAAGUUUGUUCAUAUGCUUGAAGAAGAGCUUAAGAAG